AUGGGCUUUUCCCCAAUUUGGUGGUCACCCUACCUCCUCUACCCUCAGAGCCCAGUCCUGCUGGCCUCCCUGGGGGUGGGGCUGCUGACUCUGCUCGGCUUGGCUCUGGGCUCCUACCUGUUUCGGAGAUCUUGCCGGCCACAGGUCACUCUCCUGGAUCCCAAUGAGAAGUACCUGCUGCGACUCUUAGACAAGACAACUGUGAGCCACAACACUCGUAGGUUCCGUUUUGCCCUGCCUACUGCUCACCACAUUCUGGGACUGCCCGUGGGGAAACAUGUCUACCUCUCUGCCCGAAUUGAUGGCAACCUGGUCAUCAGGCCAUACACUCCUAUCACCAGUGAUGAGGAUCGAGGCUACGUGGAUCUUGUCAUCAAGGUCUACCUGAAGGGCGUACACCCCAAAUUUCCUGAGGGAGGGAAGAUGUCUCAGUAUCUGGAUAGCCUGAGGAUUGGGGAUGUGGUGGAAUUUCGGGGGCCAAGUGGCUUGCUCACUUAUGCUGGGAAAGGGAAUUUUCACAUUCAUCUCAAUAAGAAAUCUCCAGCAGAGCUCCGGGUGGCAAGCAAACUGGGGAUGAUUGCCGGUGGGACAGGGAUCACUCCAAUGCUCCAACUGAUCCGAGCCAUCCUGAAAGAUCCUGAAGAUCCAACCAAGUGCUUUCUGCUUUUUGCCAACCAGACUGAAAAGGACAUAAUAUUGCGGGAAGACCUAGAGGAACUACAGGUGCAAUAUCCCAAUCGUUUUAAGCUUUGGUUCACUCUGGAUCAGCCCCCAAAAGAUUGGGCCUACAGCAAGGGCUUUGUGACGGCCAACAUGAUCCGGGAACACCUGCCUGCCCCAGAGGAUGAUGUGCUGAUGCUGCUCUGUGGGCCACCUCCAAUGGUGCAACUGGCCUGCCAACCCAACCUGGACAAACUGGGCUACUCACAAAAGAUGCAGUUUAUUUACUGA